GGGGAAACUUGGAACGGAUUAAUCUUCCAUAGGUAUAUAUCAGACCAUUAACAUUUGACUGUCAUUUUUAUUAUUUACAGACAGCAUGGUGGUAAAAUAUCUUCAGGGACUGCCAAAGACGGUCUCAACUAAGGAGAUUCCAUCACUGUAUCAUGAGCCACAUAUCGAGGAAGGCUAUCGACAAAAUGACCUUCCAUGGAUAUACUACAUCUCAAGUCUGUUUCAAAUGCACAAUGAAACGGUCAAUGUUUGGACCCAUCUUAUUGGAUUCGUUGUCUGUGUAUACAGUUUACUGUCCUUCCAGCAAAGUUACGAUCUUAUAACGGACCCGUACAUGUGGCCAUUGGUUGCUGGGUACGCUGGUAUGAGCGCCAUGUUUUUAUUCAGCGCAUGCGCACACCUGCUUGCUAAUACAUCAAGCGUGGUGCAUUAUACUGGUUUUGGAGUAGACUAUGCUGGACUAAGCUUGUACGGUAUUGGAAGCGUACUACUUCACUUUAACUAUGCAAUUCACCACUCUGCCAAAGGAUCUUUUAUACAAGAAUACUCUGUACCGAUAGGUGUCAUUCUCGCUAUAUGCGUGUGUAUUUGUGGUUGCGUGUCUAAAUUCAGCUACAGUAGGCCGUAUCCUUUUCAACGGAAACUAUGGAUCAUAAUCCCAGUCGGCCUGGUGUUUGUUCUGGUGGAAAUUCCGAUAAUACAUCGACUUUAUUUGUAUUCCUCACACGAGAUUCAUGACGAGAGUCUCGUCCACCAUAUAGGUCACAUGACCCUUUUCAUUACUGCAGCCUUUUUCUUCGGUUCACACAUCCCUGAGCGUUGGUAUCCAGGGAGGUUUGAUUUGAUUGGACAUAGUCAUCAGAUAUUUCAUGUAUUCAUAGUUUUGGUAGCUGUUGAGCAGACUAAUGCUUUAAGAAUCGACAUUGCUAACUUAACCGAAAGUGGUAUCCACCAUUUGACGGGAUCGAAGUCGACUUUCUCCCACACUUUUGGGGUCAUAUUAUUCGUUCUGCUAGUCGAUAUAUGUAGUGUUUAUUACUUUCAUACUCUUGUAAAAGAACGAGAAAGGAAAUCUAAAUGAAAGUUUGCUUUUUGUCAAGUUUUAGAUUGAAUUCUCAACUAACUACUUUUUAAAAAUAAUAAUUGAAAGAAUUUUAUGGGUUGCUAUUAUGACGACCCAGAAUUGUGUCCGAGAAUAAUUGUUGGUAACAGUUACUUGUCAUAGUAUUUUCUUUAGAAUUAUAAAAGAUUUUUGAUGUGAUAGAUUUUUUUAUUGAUAGUAUUAUCUCUGACAGAGAAACUUUGACCUGUCUGUGAUAAUCAAUAAGUAAAGUGAUUAUGUUGGUGAUAUCUUUUUUCACAUUUUAAUGUGAUUUUUAUGCACAACGAAUAUUAUUGCAUAGUUUAUUAUUACAUUUACUUUGUCAUUUUUACA